GUUUCAUGCCCUAUUACUGUCACUAUUUUUCCUUAAUUUUUUUUGUUCAUUUCGUUUCCGAAAUAGAAUCCUUAAAAGGUAUUCUAUUGGUUUCCUCUAUCAAAAUCAAUUUAUCACUUCUUUUUACUAACAGCAUAUAUCAUCCCCAAUACGCAUGAAAGUCAAGUAUCUGAUCUUGAAGUAGUUCCUCUCAUCAGGAAAUUUUGACUUCCUCUACUGUCCAUUAUGUGAAUGUUCACCUCGAUUGAGAUCAUCCUAGGGAUCAUCUUUCAAUUAUCCUGAAUCAAUUCUCAAAUAUAUGGUACAUUAAUACCUUCUAGAAUUACCUUGAAUCAUAGCUAAUCCAUUAUAAUACAUCAUGGCAUGACAUAGCAAGGUAUAACUGUUUCGUGUUUGUUUUUACUUAUUCAAGCACAAACACGGUAUUUUAAAAAAGUUUUAUGCAUAAAAACUGAGUCACAAAAACUGAUCUUGCAAAAUAGAUCGUUAAUUGUUGGUUGAUUUGGCUACCAAAUCCCUUUGAUCCCUUAACAGGUUGAUUACCAAAACCAUUGGAUAUGUAAGUUUCAAUACCAAUUUUUCACAGCUGCACGUUUUUAUACAUGGGACUGACUUCCACUUAAUGGACAGUUUCGCAUUACCGGAGUGUCACAACAUGAUACUAGAGCAUGAAUUCAAAACCGUUGAUUACAAUCUCCAUCGGCUUGCAUCCUCCUCCUUCUACAUCCCCUUUGCGCUACUGAUCGAUGUUGUGAAAAAUAUGUUUUCCGUUUUCAAUAUAACCCAACCAUCCCACCAUCUGAUCUCCUGCCCCGAGACAGGAGACUGGCUAACAAAUCAAUCUAAAUAGAGGACAAAUGAGGUGUGAAUUGAUCGGUGCGGGUGAGUCCUAAUGGAAGUGAAUGAAACCAAGCCUCGCAGUCAAUACGCGAAAGAAACCGCCUGCGUGUAAGGAUUACCAGAAGCAGGAGGGUAACGUCUCUACUGACAGGCUCGUGUUUCUGUGCACUUUUAUAAUUAUCAACGCACCGCUCUCCUUGUUCGCACCGCAAACAACAUUCCCGUUCUGUGCGAGACACUACGAUAGAUAAUGAAGGCCGGGAGAUCCGUUUCACUCGAUCGCCUGUUCUCGUUCUACCAUUUCUUUUUCUAUUUGCGGCACGUUCCCUGAUCGUGCGAACCCUGAGGGGAAUGUGUUUUCGCCCAAAUUCUCACCACGACAGCAAACAGCCGUUGCUAGCGCACGGAUUAAUCAUGCACUCGAGGUAAACAGAGAUUAUCAACUGGUUCCAAUCGCACAGGCGGAUGUAUGGUCAAGCUAGGAAUGCCUCGGGUACAUUCGAAUAAUCUAAUUUAAUCAUUAGACAACUAUCCUGCAAUUCUGUGCCAGGGUAGCCUUUCGCAAACGCCUUGUAAAACCUUGAUCCUUUGCCAGGUUAAUGGAGUACGUAGGAUAAGGUAAGGGGAUCCGUUUGGCAAACAUGUUAUUCUCACGAGCGCGACACUGGUGCACGGUGUUGAGUGCGUGAUCAUGGCAGUUUGUUUGGCUGUUUGUCGGAUUGUUUGCUGUUUGCCCCCCGGUGUGUCAUGCUCGCUGUUACGCGGUAACCUGACGUUACGGUCACCGGUGCGACCGGUUGGCAGUUGCAUUUGUUUCUUCGACCUGGCAGCACAUGCUCGCCAGCAAUAUCGCGCGAAUCCGGUGAUAAGGAAAAUAUAGCCACGAUGUUUGAAGUGAUGCUCCUGGAGAGGAUGGAGAUUGAACACUUGCUUCGGUAUCUGGAGCAGGUCACAAACAGCACAGAACAGCGGCAAUCUCAAGUGCAUCGGCUACGAUCCCGACAUAUCAUUCGAUCGCGUGUACGAUACUGGCUGAACGAUAUUGUCGAUGAAAUGCGAAAGAAGAGCCCGGCAUCGGUUCAGAAAUGGGUCGAUUCAAUACAAAUGCCAAACAGCGCCAACAGCGGUGGACUUUCGACGACACGUGAAUCAAGCGUGUCACUGCCAGGAUCAGAACAGCUAGCAAUGGCCUCAAACUUGACCGUCGCGACUGAUCAGCAGCAGCUGAUGCACACAACGGUGGAUAUUGAGCCUAGGGAGUUGCAAGAUCAAAGGUGUAACAAUAGCAGCAGUAAUGAUCUGCCAGAAGAAGAAGAAGUGGAAGAGAAGGAUGGUAUUACUGAGGAGAACGAUCUAUGUCAGCAGAAGGACGCCACGGCUACCGAAUGCAGCUCGCAGAAUGUACUUAGUGAAAGCAUACCGAACAAUAACAACAGUACAAUUGCAUCGGAUCCAUCCGGAAGCAGUACUCCAAAGGUAGCAAAACUAGAAGACGAUACGGAACGAUCUAAAGCCACCGCUCCCGAAGGAUUGCCGGCUCUGUCGAUACGGAACUUUCUUUCUAAGAAAACCCUGCUAGGAAAGUUCAACCGAUCUGGGUCGAAUCUGGAUCGGAGUCCGACUACACCGACCGAAAAUGUAUCUUUAGCUGGCACGUCUGAGGUUGUCUUUACAGAUGGCGACGAUGCAAGCGCACGAACGAACGCUGUAACAGACGUUGCAGGUAGCUCUUCAGCGUUCGUGAUGGGCAAGAGUAAGAUAAACGAGUUGUACGAUAAGCUGAACAUGAACAAAGCCAAGUAUGGGUUGAUAACGGCGAAAAAGCUAGACCUACGAAACAUGCUCGGUGUUGGUAGUCGCGACGCAGGAGUCCGAUCGGUACCGACAAUGGUAAAUGAUCCAACGGUCGUAGCUAUGGAGCAGCCGUCUCCGUGCGUUGAUGAUACAUGUGGUAGUGAAACGGAGAUCGAUCAACACGAUCAAUCGGUAGCGUCACAGCCCCAGCAACACGAACCGCUCGAGGUGAGUGUUAUCGAUGUGGACCCGUCCGAUGCGUACGAGUUUUCGUUCGAUGAAUCUUUUCCCAAAUCCGACGACAUGAUACCCGGCAUGAUAAGCGAGGAAGAUGAGGAAAAGGAAAACAUACUAGAUACACCGGCAGGCGCCACAGCAGCGGUUCCGGAUCAUCCUUACGCCUAUGACGUGUAUCUCAACCCAGCGAAACCGCGCACGGCACGAAUGGGUAUCGGUCGAAUUGGGCGCAGCUCCAGCGAGAAUCCGCGGGCCACCGGCCGGCGCUACAAUCUGAUGGAGAUUGGGCGCAGCUUUAGCGAGAUGAACGAUGACGAUGAUGAAUUCGCGAUCAGCGAAGGUAACAACAGCUGCCCGAACCCCUCGUCACUUAACACCAGCUCGAGCAUUAAUAAUAGCAGCAGCAUCAAUAAUCUCACACGUUCCGUCCCUGUCAGUCCAAUACCACGGACUUCGAGCAAGUUAAGCAUCCAGCAAGAUCAUCUGAUCGGUUCGCAAGUACACCAGCAGCAACAGCAGCAGCACCAUCAGCAGCAACAGCACCACCAGCAACCUAACUUUAGUGAGCAUUCCACGAGGCGUCGCAGCACAAUGCUCGUGAAGGACAGCUCCCUGCAGUCCGACUCUAGUCGUUGCUCAAGUGUGGAAAGUUUACUGAAUGCACGCAAACCGGAUCCUGAGAAAAUACUGCUUAAUCUAGGUUUUGGCCCGGCACCGCAUAGUACUGAUGUUUUAUCCAAAAUACCAAAAAGGUUUCUAAAACCAUCCCAGGUACGAGGGGUCGAUACGGAAGCGUUCCUUCGUCAGCAGCAACUGUCUAUGCACAUCCAUGAGAACAGCGUUCUGGGCUAUCGAGGGCUCGUAGGUAAUCCACACAUUCCACCGUCAAUGAUAGUCGCAAAGAUAAUGGAACGGUUUCAGGAGAAUGAUACAAAAACGCGCCUCACCGCCACCGGAAUCUCGCUGCCCCUCUCGGAUAGUCGUAACUCGUCGGGUCCACCUUCACCCGUACCCAUUAUGACACGGCACGGCUCUCUAGCGACGGCCGAUGUUGGGGGGCGCUUGAAGUUUUAACUUCCCAUGCUAGCACGCAUGCCACGUUUCUCGGGACGACAAUUUCGGCAUCGGCCUCAAGUGAUAAUUUAUGUUUAAAGUGUUAGGAGAGAAUAAUCUAAUGUAGCGGUGGAACCGUGCAAGAACACAAGAGCUUUCUACAAACGGAAGGACUGAUCGGGAAGAUUCAAGAACUGGUGGAGAAGAGUCCCUUUCCUUAACCCCUUAUCCUUUUGCACUUACUUAAAAGGCACCUUAAAACACUCACACUCAUUCACUCUCUAAUCUGGGUCCAAUCAGCAAUCUUUCAAAUCGCCGUACUAUUGUACCCGUUUUUUACAUAUCGAUACCAUUUUUCGAAUGACCUUUUACAACGAGAGCACAGACUAUUAUUCUUUUUUUGGGUUCUUGCGAUGGCACUUUUCCUACCUAGAACCACUAAUCUACCUUCUAUCGCUGUCUAAGGCACACGAGCACGUUUUCCAUUUUUUAGGAUAGAAUUAAGAGUUGUUUAAUGCUCAUUUGGCCUUUUCAAAAAGUGAUCAUGAAGAGAGGAUGCGAGAUGGGAAAGAUUAUUUCAAUUGAACAGUAAACGUCCAGUGAUGGAGCAUUUCAUAUCUUGUCCUGUGAAUCUUUUCUACAAACCCCAGGUUACCCUCUAUCUAAGUUUUCGAAUGAUGUAAGAUAUUAGAGAACACCUCACUAUGGCGCAUGGUGGCUAAAAUAUGACAUAAGUAUGUUCGAAUGCUUGUAGCAAGGAUGCAGCAUUCGCAGCAUUCAUCCUGAAUCUGAAACAGCAAUGGAGUAGCGAUAGAACCAGUAUCCUGAAACAAUCGUAAUCGCAGGCAUCCGUGCAGCCUACACUUGGUUGCUGAAACUUAGAAGAUCAACCCAGAAUUGCCAUUGAAUUGGUGAUGACUGUGGAUUUUUAUAUUUUUUCCAACGAAAAAAGUAAGUCAGAGGCAGUCAGGCAUUUUACACUGAUACAGGAUAGGGUGAACCUUUAGCCAAUCUUUUCAUAAACUUUGUUAUUGAAUCUCUAUUUCCGCGGCACUGGAGAAGCAAAAGCGCACUUGUUAGAUAAAUAGAAACGUCAAAAUGGCA